AAGAAAACUUCAUAACGUGAAGUUAACAUUCGAUUUCAGAACACGAACCUAAGUAGGUGACGUUCGGCUGAUUGUGUGAAAUCGAUUUGAGUGUUCUCUAACCUAAAAAUUCCCGAUUUUUAUCGGGAAAACAACAAGUGUUGGACCUGGUGCGUUUUUAAACUAUAAAUUCCUGUUGAUUUGGUGCCCUCGUUGGAUUACGUGCUGAGAUUUUUCCAAAAAAAUGCUGUCUGUUCUGUAUAAAGUGUACGGUGGAAGGAUUGUUAAGUAGUUCAGUAGUGGGGGAGCCCUGGGACCGUGGGCCCUGUGCUGGAACCCUUAUCAAUCUAGGCUUGUAUUUCGACCGAGUUGUUUGAUCGGGCAUGGCAUAUGUCUGCCAUGUUUGGUUGUAGCACCUCAUGUCCCAAGUGCAAGCACGAGUUCAAGUGCUGUCAGACAGCUUCGUCGCCAUGCUUCCCACAGGACCUGAGACGGGUCUCUUAUCUCAGCGGCGGAGGUCUGGUCGAUCCCUGCCUGGAACCAGCACCGUGCCCGUCUGUCACCUCACCGUGCCAGUCGCCGCAAGUGUCACCAAGCAUGCCUUUGGCGUUCGUCAUGCCUCAGCCCACUUUGCCACUCCUGCCUGCGCCUCCCCCCUGCGACCUUGCCAAACCAGAAAUGGACCUGGAAAGGCUUCUAAACACCGUACGGGCUCUUCGCCUAUCAGGCUGGUACUACGAAGGCAUCACAUAUCAGCAAAGCCACGAACUACUGAAAAACGCUGAAGUGGGUACAUUCCUAGUACGCAACUCUUCGGAUCCUCGUUUCCUAUUCUCCCUGAGUGUCCAGACCGAAAGGGGCCCCACGUCGGUUAGGCUCUACUACCAGCAGGGCUUCUUUCGGUUAGACGCCCAACCUCACUUGCUCGCCGCGAUGCCCAUGUUUCCCUGCGUGCUGGCCUUGGUCGAACACUACGUGAAUCAGAGCAAACUGUGCAAGAACAGCUCGCAAGUGUGGGUGGACUUCACGGGAAAGUGGUACUCGCCGAUUGUGCUCGAAAGGCCGUUAAGGAAGAACCAGGAGCCGCCUUCUCUCAAGCAUCUCGCACGCAUUGCGAUCAACAGAGAGCUGAAGUUGUCCACCAAACCCAAAGUGGCGUUCUUGACUCCCCCGCACGCCCAACUGGAGCUGCCGAAAUCCUUAACAGCCUAUUUGGAGGAAUACCCAUAUUCUUUAUAGUACCAAAGACUGGUCGGUACCUUUUACAUACCGACAUCAGGGACACCACAUAAGUAUUCUAGAGACAAAGUUGCUCUCCUCCAUAAAUUAACUGUGGGGUCUGUAAAGGCACGUUAGGAUCUUCAUUUCGAUGUUCUACAGAAAUCUUAACCUUCAAUCGAACUUAAUCAUACGGUUCCUGGAUUGUCCUGACCUUUCCAAACCUACAAAUAAUACUCUUAAGAUUGAGGAACAAACCCUCGUGGAUUGCUUGAGAACAUCGAAUUCUAUGUCUGGAUGGAAGUUACUAAAUAGGAAGUUAACGCAGUUUCGAGCGACUUUGUUUCUCAGAGCGUCGGAUAUACGUUCUACUAGCUAGGAUAACUAAUUUUACCAUUGGAAUUCUGUUCAAUGAUGGAGAAAUUAUUCGUUAAGGAUUACAAUAAUUUGAAUGAUUUCUAUGAUUAUUAUAGGUAGGAUCUUUAGAACAAAUUCGUUUAAGUGUGGUGCCUUGUCUCGUUUAAAUGUUGAGAUACCAGAGAGUGACGUUGUGUUUUAAUUUAGAAAUCGCUUAGUUUUUAUUGUUUCAAGUAUUACUGUGUUGACUGAAUCAUAUAUUGAAUUAAUAAUCAUGAUUGGCGAAUCAGAUUGGUACUGAGCGGUAAUGCAGAAAUAUAUUUCAAUUGCCAGUUCAAACUGGCAAUUAUAAUAUUUUUUCUGCAUAUCGCCGAUAUGGUUCAAAGUUGUAUUGUCCUUUAGUUAAUCAAAGUGUCGACAUUUUUUUUGUUUGAAAUUUAACCUCUGUUAUUUGUUAUCUCAUUUAUAAAAAUAUUUUACCUCGAAAUAAACUAAUGAUAUUAUUGUUAUGAGAGUGAAAUGUGUUCAGGAAUUACCAUGAAGCUUGUCUCUCAUGUUAACAACAUGAAUCGCACAAGUGUUGCCAUGUUAAUUUCCACCAGUGUACUGCAAAUAUGAUUUGAUCAAAUUUAAGUCAAUCAUGAAUAUAACAUACUUACGGCAGCUGUGUAAAUAUAGUUAUUAUGCAAUAAGUCAUUGAACAGAAUUAUAAUUUAUGAAGUAGAAUCUUUUAUGUAUUUAUUAUUCAUUCCAACAGUGUAAAUAAUUGAAGAAAUAUGAAUGCAUGGUAUCUGAACAUAUAAUGUAUAGUUGAUGUAUUUAUUUCCCUUGAAAAAUAAAUUAUUUAUUGAUUA